UUUUCUUAUAAGCUUUUAUAAACUAAUAAAAUUACGGGCUAUUAAUUAGUUACGUGAACUUCGCUUUUUUUUCGAUAUUUUUGAGUUAAAAGCUUGGUGACACCACCGCCGUCCUCGUGGAGAAUUAUCGUACUCGGUAUUUCCUUAUUUUGAACAACACAAAUUCGACAAAAACGCGUAUCUCGAUCGUCCUCCUUGUAUAUAGCUUAUAGGUUAAGUAUGGUGUUAAUUUCAUAAGUUUAAUAUUUUGAAAAAUUAAAAUGGAUAAUGUGACAACUGCUGAAUGUUUGACACUUGAUUUUGGACCUUUUGAAACUGUACAUCGUUGGCAAUGUAUGCCUGAAUGUGAUGAAUUUGUUGGCGCUAGGCGCAGCAAACAUACAGUUGUGGCAUACAAAGAUGCCAUAUAUGUCUUUGGUGGUGAUAAUGGUUCAAGAAUGUUAAAUGAUCUGUUACGCUUUGAUGUAAAAGAAAAAUCAUGGGGUCGUUCAUUUGCUACAGGAACUCCACCAGCACCGCGUUAUCAUCACUCAGCAGUAGUACAUGAUACUUCGAUGUUUGUAUUUGGUGGUUAUACCGGUGAUAUACAUUCAAAUUCAAAUCUUACUAAUAAAAAUGAUCUUUUUGAAUAUCAUUUUUUAACUGGGCAGUGGACAGAAUGGAAAUUUAUUGGAGUAACACCUGUUGCAAGAUCUGCGCAUGGUGCUGCUGUAUAUGACAAUAAAUUGUGGAUUUUUGCUGGAUAUGAUGGAAAUGCGCGGCUUAAUGACAUGUGGACAAUAUCCUUAUUGCCUGGUGAUACACGUAUUUGGGAAAAAGUAGCUCAAUCUGGAGACUGCCCUCCAACUUGCUGCAACUUUCCUGUUGCUGUAGCUCGUGAAUCGAUGUUUGUAUUUAGUGGACAGAGUGGAGCUAAAAUUACGAAUAGUCUUUUUCAAUUUCAAUUUAGAGAUAGGCGUUGGACUCGUAUAUCAACAGAGCACAUACUUCGUGGUGCACCUCCACCACCUCCACGUAGAUAUGGUCACACAAUGGUAAGCUUUGACAGACAUCUCUAUGUUUUUGGUGGAGCAGCUGAUUCAACUUUACCAAAUGAUCUUCACUGUUACGAUUUGGACACACAAACUUGGAGUAUAGUAUUACCGUCUGCUGACAGUCAGAUACCAUCUGGUCGCCUUUUUCACGCUGCAGCAGUAAUUGGAGAAGCCAUGUUUAUAUUUGGUGGUACUGUUGAUAACAAUGUACGUUCAGGAGAAACAUACAGAUUUCAAUUUUCUUCGUACCCUAAGUGCACCCUUCAUGAUGAUUUUGGAAAACUGUUAAAUUCUCGUUUAUUCUGUGAUGUAGUAUUUGUAGUAGGUGAAGGUGAAACAAAAAUACCUGCACACAUAGCUAUGGUUGCAGCUCGUUCUCAAUUUUUAAGAGCACGUAUUAGACAAGCACAUGAAAAAAGAGAAAAACAUUUGGAAGAAGUUUUAGGUUCUGCGGAUGUACCAGUUAAAGAUUUACCUUUAUUAGAGGUAAAAUUAAAAGAUGCUGUUCCAGAAGCUUUUGAAAUGGUAUUAAAUUAUAUCUACACGGAUCGUAUCGAUCCUACGAAAAGAUUAGAAGAUACAUCAAAUAGUCGAUUUGAUGAUCCUUUAAGCAAUGGCAUCGUUCUUCUUAUGAUGGAUGUUUAUCGCCUUGCAGUUCAAUUUAAUAUGAAACGUUUAGAACAAUUAUGUGUACAUUAUUUAGAAGCAACCAUAAGUCAUGCUAAUGUUUUAGAAGCAUUACACAAUGCUGCACAUUUGAAAUUAUAUUUCAUUAAAGAAUUUUGUCUUAGUUUUAUUGUUAAAGAAAGUAAUUACAAUCAAAUCGUUAUGAGUCAAGAAUUUGAGACAUUGGAUCAACCAUUAAUGGUUGAAAUUAUUAGAAAACGACAAGUUCCACAAGGGAGAAAUAUUUUCAAACAAUAUGAAUCUGAAACAGGAACAACCUUAGAACAAGAUAUGGAGGCAUUUUUAAUAAGUAUUGGUAAGGAAUUCUGUGAUAUUAUUUUGAUGUUGGAUGGUGUCCACAUACCAGCACAUAAAGCUGUUCUCGCAGCACGAUGCACUUAUUUUGAAGGCAUGUUUCGUUCCUUCAUGCCUGAAAAUAAUAUUGUUAAUAUACAAAUUGGCGAGAUGAUUCCAUCAGCAGAAUCAUUUGCUUCUUUAAUGAGAUAUAUAUAUUACGCGGAUGUUUCAAUGCCUCCUGAAGAUUCAUUGUAUUUAUUUACAGCUCCAGUUUUUUACGGUUUUACAAAUAAUCGUUUACAAGCAUUUUGUAAACAAAAUUUAGAAAUGAAUGUUACUUUUGAAAAUGUUAUACAAAUUUUAGAAGCUGCAGAUAGAAUGCAGGCUAGUGACAUAAAGAAAUAUGCAUUAAAUCUUAUAGUGCAUCAUUACAGUAAGGUUGCAAGGCUACCAAGAUUGAAGCAACUAAGUAAAGAGUUAUUGCUGGAUAUAAUAGAAGCAUUGGCAGAUAAAUACAGUGAAGCAAGAACUUGUCAAGAUAUGACAAAUGAUUGCUGAUAAAUGUAAGCUUUAAAUCAAUUUUUAUUAGAUUCAUAUAUAUAUAUAUAUAUAUAUAUAUAUUUAUU